UUUGCGCUAUUGCACAGUUUUCGCAAACGGUACGACCGCAGCCUCCGGACCGGUCAGGUAGACAUCAAUAUGAGAUUCUUCUCAGCCGUCUUCCAGCUUCUCGCGAUUGCUGGCUUAUCUCUCUCUUUCGCCAAUGUAAACGCUGCCAACACAACAAGUGAAGAUUCCUGCCAAGAUAUUCAACUACCCAACGUGGAGAGUCUGAAUGCUUGCCUUGGUCAGACCAGUACAUCCUGUGAUACGUCACAGGACCUUAUUGAUGAUGUUGGGCCACUAGUUAAGUGCGUGUACGGGACCUUGGCGGACAAUAGCAACAACCCUGGGGAUGCACUGAUUGCAUAUGCUGACAUCAUCUACAAGCUCAUGAAUGCGUCGGAAGACUUCCUCGCAAGAAUGUAUGCCACGAACUUCAUGAGCAUGGUUGGCCUGCUGAAGGGGGGAACCAUAAAUCUGUCCGGUUCCGGCGUCAGUAAAAAUGUAUCUCUACCAACCGCAGUCAUUGGUCAGUGUCACUCGGACUUUGGAACCGGCUGUGAGAGCUCAACCACAAGCCUUGCUUCUACACUUGUGUCUCUCGUAAAGUGCCUUGUGGACAACGCUAUUCCCGGUUCUUCGGGAGACAAGACCAUGGCCCUCGCCUGUGAUCUUUUUGCCCGUACCGACAUGGGUGCCUUAGCCCAGGCUAUGCCACUACUCUGGAGUGCUGUGCUCAGCAUUAAGCCACUCUUGUGUAAAUAAUUCAACACGGUGAAACCAAGGUCUCGCGCCCCAACGGUCCGUAAAAAUUGCAACAGUUAUAUUAAUAAAUUGAUGUUUUAGAAAGUG